UAAAGCAUCGUUAAAGAGAGCUGGUGCUGUGUUGGAUUUCACAAAUGAUACAAUGAGAUUCAGUGGAGAUUGUGUUGAUUUGUUUGAAACUAAAUCAAAGCACUAUUGCGUUCCUCUUUGUAAUAAAAGACGCAUGACCAUUGGGCCGCCAGAUCGAAAGACCCCACAUCUGGUGAUGACAAUCAGCGAAGAAGGUUUGUUUGGUACUGACGAAAAGGAGAUUAGGAGGAAAGUGGAAAAAAUCCACAAACAAUUCUCACACCCUCCUAGUGAUAAACUGAAAACAUUGCUGAAAACUGCAGGAUUUAAGAGACCAGAAUACAUGAAAGCAAUUGAUGAGGUAUCCAGCAGUUGUAAAAUAUGUCUGAUGUACAAGAAACCCAAGUCAAGACCAGUGGUGGGUCUCCCAAGAGGAAAGGUGUUCAACGAAUGUGUUGCAAUGGACCUUAAGAAUGUUCCUGGCACUCCUAAUGUGUAUAUCUUGCAUAUGAUUGAUUCGGUGACAAGAUAUUCAGCAGCUAGAAUAAUCUACAAUAAGAAGAAAGAGACAAUCAUCCAAGGAAUUUGCUCUGGAUGGAUAUCCAUCUUUGGAAAUCCAAAGAAAUUCAUGGCUGAUAAUGGUGGAGAGUUCGCCAAUGAGGAGUUUACUGAGAUGUGUCAAAGAUUCAAUGUGGAUGUGCAAAAUUCAGCUGCCGAGAGCCCUUGGAGCAAUGGGAUUGUAGAACGUCAUCAUAAGAUGCUGACAGAGAUGAUGGUAAAAACGAAGGAAGAUUCAAAAUGCAACUGGGAAGUUGCAUUGUGUUGGGCACUAAGUGCGAAAAACUCCAUGCAGAUGUUUGGUGGGUUUUCUGCAAAUCAGUUGACAAUGGGCCGUAACCCUUCACUUCCGAAUGUCAUCGAUGAUAGACUGCCAGCUUUAGAAGAAACAACGGUGAGUAAAACCGUGGCUGAUAAUGUUAAUGCAAUGCACAGUGCAAGGCAAGCAUUUGCAAAGUGUGAAAGUAGCAACAAGAUACGUAGAGCUCUGCAAAGCCAGGUUCGGACAAGCAAUGAUGAGUAUUAUAGCAACGGUGAAAAGGUGAUGUACAAGAGAAAAGGAUCUGCAAAAUGGAGUGGGCCAGGUGUUAUACUGGGGAGAGACAUUACUCAUUUAUAUAUUUUAAAGCAUGGAAAUCAGUAUUAUAAGUGCAGUGCAUGUCAUCUAACCAGGGAUACAACAACAGGAUAUCCCAUUACCUCAGAGUCAGUUGUUGGGCAACCUAACCCGAGUAUUGUAUCAAGUUCACCAAAAUCCCCAUUAGAGACGCAGAGAAAUUUCCUAGAGGAUCAACCAUCUUGCUCUAAGGAAACAGCAGUUUCUGUACCGGAAACAGAAAGUGAGACAACAGCAACAAUCAGACCUCAGCACAAAUCAGGACUUCCUAAAGCAAGAAGUCACGUGGAGUUUCUUCCAAAGUAUCCAGAGGAGGAUGGUGAGAUCUGGCAUAAAGCUUAUAUCCAUAGCCGUGCGGGAAAAUCAACUGGCAGUUACAAAAACUGUGUAAAUAUUCAACUUGAUGGUGAGGAGAGCAUCCAAUGUGUGGAUUGGUAUGAGCUUGCUGUGAAUUGGAGAGAUGACCUGUCACCAGAAACAGAAGAAGAGGUGUUGCUGUCCAGUGUGAGUAUGUAUGACCAAGCAGUUGUAGAUGCCAAGCUAGCAGAGCUUGAGAAGUUCAAAGUAAACAAGGUUUACGUGGAAGUUGAUGCAAACGAACAGUCCAAUGUUGGUGUUCGUUGGGUAAUUACAAAGAAAGCAGAAGGUUCUGUUAAAGCUCGUUUAGUGGCACUUGGUUAUCAAGAAAAUAGUAGCAACAUACGAAAGGACUCCCCAACAUGUAACAGGGACUCUAUAAGACUACUCCUUACAAUAGUUGCAACAGAAAGUUGGAAGUUACAACACAUCGAUGUUCAGGCUGCCUUCUUGCAAGGCAAGAAGAUUUCAAGAGAUGUCUUCAUUAUUCCUCCGAAGGAAGCUGAAACGAGGAAAAUCUGGAAACUGAACAAAUGUAUUUACGGGUUAGUAGACGGACCUAGAAUGUGGUAUGUUGAGCUUCGUGAUACUCUAGUGAAGUUAAAUGUUGUGGUAUCGUCAUAUGAUGAGUCAUUCAUGUUCUGGUAUGAUGAAGGAAAACUCGAGGGUAUCAUUGCUGUGCAUGUUGACGAUCUGAUGUUCAGUGGAAGCAAGAAGUUUGAAAGGGAAGUUAUUGGGGAACUGAAGAAGAAGUUUCGUCUAAGUACGGAGGUCGAAGUUGAAUUUGCUUAUACUGGUCUUGAUGUAAAGCAAACACAAUCUGGAAUUCUGGUAUCACAACUGGGGUAUGCAGACCAGAUUUCAAGAAUAGAGAUCGACCCCACCCGAGUGAAUCGAAAUACGCUCCCAAUCAAUGAGAAAGAAAAGCAACAACUGAGCACUGUGUGCGGACAGUUGUUGUGGGUAUCAACACAGACACGGCCAGAUGUAGCUUAUGCUACAUGUUUUGCUAGUAAUUCUGUGACUGAAGGGACCAUCGCAGAUUUGAAAAUGGUAAACAAAACAGUAAAGUUCUUAGAAAAGAAUCCUCUAACACUCAGGUUUAAGAAACUACUGUUGCCUGAGUCAGUCUUAGUGGUUUUCUGUGAUGCAUCGUAUGGAAACUUGAAGGAUGGUAGCUCUCAGGGAGGCUUCAUAAUUUUCCUUGUUUCGCUUACAGGAAAAUCUUGCCCCAUUACAUGGCAGAGUAGAAAAAUCCGGAGAGUAUGUAAAAGUACUUUAGCAGCAGAGAGUUGGGCAAUGAUCGAAGCAGUGGAAACAUGUGAGUUGAUCCAAGCUCAGCUGAGUGAGAUCAUGUUAUCUGGAAAACUUGAUGUCAUUGUAAUGACUGAUUGCAAGUCUCUACAUGAUGCUAUCCAAACCUCGAAAAAUGUUGAUGACAAGGGAUUGAGGAUACCAAUAGCUUGCCUGAGACAGCGAGUGAACAAUAGUGAAAUGACAGUUCGUUGGAUUUCAACAAAGAAACAGCUUGCAGAUAGUUUGACUAAAGCUGGAGCUCCAACUUCACUGCUACGGGAGGUAUUGUCGUCAGGAGAAUUUGACAAUGAACUUUACAGGAUGUUUGAUGAAAGUGCUGCUUGGGAUGGGAUCGAGUUGGACAGCUCAUUAUCUGAAGCUCUGUUAGCAAAGCCUGUAGGUACUCCAACCAAGCCGAGUAAGAACAAAUAUCGUCCCAACUCUGUUCCUGUUAAGAAGAAGAAGAAACUAACUCCACAUAUUGACACCACACCUGGCAAUGUGGUGAACGGUAGUGCACCUCUUGGUAAACGAAAACGUAAAUCAAAAAAUAAGAACGUUAAAGCUGCCAAUGGUGAUGGAUCAGACUCUCCAGUGAAAAAAGUAAAACACACUAAAUGCAAUGUUAUAUUUGAUGAUCUCAGUAAUUGGGAACAGGUUAUUAUCAACCAUGAGGCUGAAGAUACUGCUGCUGAAACCAUGGCCCAGUAUUUAAGCUCAGCAGUUGAUGAGAUUUCUAAAGAAAACACUACUGAGAAUCUGAACUCAAUUGAGAAGAAAACCAAGAAGAAAGGAAAAAAGAAAAAGGUAAAGUUCAAUGAUGAAGAUGAACUUCUUUCCAAAAGUAUGACAGGCGGAGCGGGUACUGCGCUUUCUAACAUGAAUCUAGUGGAUGAUGAGGACGAGAGUGUGACAGAAGAAGAGAGUGUAACAGAAAGUACAACAUCAUCACUUCAAUCUGCCAAAGAAAAGAUCAGCAAAUUAAAGGGAAAAUUCCAGAAGAAGAUGGAUGCCUCCCAGUUUAGGCACAUAAAUGAAAAGCUUUACACUACAACUGGUGAUGAAGCUUUGGAAAUGUUUACCAAGAAGCCUGAAUUGUUCGACGUAUAUCAUAGAGGUUUCACUAGCCAAGCUGAAAAGUGGGAAAUUAACCCUGUUGACAGAAUUAUAGAUAGGAUCCGGAAAAUUGGGGGAGACCAGGUGAUAGCAGACUUUGGUUGUGGUGAUGCUAAGAUAGCACAAACCCUUCAGAAUGCUGUGUUUAGUUUUGAUCUGGUUAAACACAAUGAGCACGUGAUCGUGGCUAACAGCUCAAAAGUGCCUCUAGGUGACAAAAGCGUUGAUAUAGCUGUGUUUUGUCUCAGUCUCAUGGGAACAGAUUUUAAGGAUUUCAUCCGAGAGGCCCGGCGAGUCUUACGGUCAAAGGGACGUUUGAUAGUAGCUGAAGUAGCUUCACGUAUUCCAGACACAUCACAGUUUGUUCACGGAGUAGAGGAGCUGGGUUUUGCAAUUCUUGAGCAGAAUGAGCCUAACAGCUAUUUCACUGAGUUGUUUUUCAAGAAAACUAAACCGAAGGAGAACAAAGGAAAGUUUGAGAGUUUAGCCCUGAAGCCAUGCUCAUAUAAGAAGAGAUAAACUGUUCUGUUUUUAAUAAUUUAAAAAAUCAUUUCAAGGGUUGAUCAGCGUUUCUGAGAAAUACAAGUUUGUCGGUAUUAUGAUAUAUCCAUAAUCAAUGCUUUUUAUCAAGUAUCAACAUAGUUUUAAUUUCUUUAUUUAAUCGAGACUAUUUUAUGUCUCGAGAUGCCUAUAAUCUAUAUGCUUACAUCAGAUUGUAAUUGUACACGGCUCUGUGCCAGAUCUUUCGGUUUCGUUUUAACGCUUUAACAAUUGUAGUAAAUUUAUUUAUUAUUACUGUUAACAGUCCUAUUACUUUGUGGAGAUUCAAGUUUCG